GCAGGUCCCUCAGCUGAUGUGAAGGUAAAAGCUGAGAGAGUGGAGCUGGUGCACUGUCUGUUAGAACUACAACACUGGAGCAAAUAGUGAAUGGUAGUGUCUAGAAAGGGUAUGUCCCUUCAGGAGAGAGGUGCCAAUGUCCAACCGGCCUAAUUCCAAUCCAGGGGGGUCACUGCGCCGUUCACAGAGGAACACUGCUGCGGCCCAGCCACAAGACCAGACAGUAGCGGGAAGGUUGCAGUCAGAGCAGGUAAAACAUAAAGCAAAUUCCCCUCCUGAAAGUAGAAGACCUAAAUCUAAGGCUUCCAAAACCACGCCCAGCUCAGCCUCUGGUCAUUCCAGAGGGCACAGCUCAAGAAGAAGCAGCCUGUCCCUGUCUGUGGCUUCGUUUGUGCUGCAAGGCGUCCCAGAGGCCGCGGGGAUAUCAGAGCGAGAGCGGACUGGCCACCAAUCCAAGAGCGAAGGCACCACGCGAGGUUUAAAGAGAAGUUCUGCACCGGAUCUCAACAACACCCCCACCAAGAAAUCAAAAUCCCACCCCCCUCCCAGAGACCAUACCACUGAGGCCAAGAAGGGCCCCGCCAAGUCCUCUAGGAAGAGACCCCUGGCCCCGGAGCCACCAGCACCCACUGGCCGCGGCCAGAGCAAGAAGAUCGGGGCCUCCCCGACCCAGAAACGGAAGAAGGCCGACUCCCUCCCAGGUCUGAGCAGCACCACUGGGUCCCUCUCCAACCGUACCGACGGCAGGACUGCAAAACCCACCAAGCUGGCGUCUAAAUCGGCCGCCUCAGCCAAAGCUGGGUGUAGCACCGUGACGGACUCCUCCUCUUCUGCCUCGACCUCCUCCUCCUCCUCCUCCUCUGCCACGGCACUGCAGGACGCCAGGCUCAAGCAGGGCAAAGACCAGAACAAGGCCCGGCGCUCCCGCUCCGCCUCUAGUCCCUCUCCGCGUCGGAGCACCCGCGACAAGGAGCAGGCCAAAGCCACCGGCUCGUCCAAGUUUGAGUGGGCGGCCCGCUUCAGCCCCAAAGUCAACCUGCCAAAGCCCAAACUGUCCCUGCCUGGCUCCUCCAAGACAGAGACCACCUCCAAACCUGGGCCCUCGGGACUGCAGGCCAAACUAGCAAGUUUGAGGAAGUCCACUAAGAAACGCAGCGAGUCUCCUCCAGCAGAGCUCCCCAGCUUUCGGCGGAGCACACGCCAGAAGACCACGGGCUCCUGCGCCAGCACCAGUCGGCGAGGCUCAGGCCUGGGCAAGCGCGGUGCAGCCGAAUCUCGCCGACAAGAGAAGAUGGCCGACUCUGACAACAACCAGGAUGGGGCCAACUCCUCGACCGCCCGCCCGGAUGAAGCCCCCCAGGGGGCAUCCGGUACAGCUUCUAGUUCAGUGGCUGGAGCAGUAGGGAUGACUACCUCUGGAGAGAGUGAGUCUGAUGACUCUGAAAUGGGCAGACUCCAAGCGCUACUGGAGGCGAGAGGUCUCCCCCCACACCUGUUUGGGCCCCUGGGGCCCCGCAUGUCCCAGCUGUUCCAUAGAACUAUAGGCAGUGGAGCCAGCUCCAAGGCUCAGCAGCUGCUCCAGGGCCUGCAGGCCACCGGAGAUGAGUCCCAGCAGCUCCAGGCCGCCAUUGAGAUGUGCCAGCUGCUGGUGAUGGGCAAUGAGGAGACGCUAGGAGGCUUUCCCGUGAAGAGUGUGGUGCCAGCUCUGAUCACCUUGUUACAGAUGGAGCACAACUUUGACAUUAUGAACCACGCCUCUCGUGCUCUAACAUAUAUGAUGGAGGCGCUGCCCCGGUCCUCUGCUGUGGUCGUAGAUGCCAUCCCUGUCUUCCUGGAAAAGCUUCAGGUGAUUCAGUUCAUCGACGUGGCGGAGCAGGCCCUGACUGCCUUGGAGAUGUUGUCCAGGAGACACAGUAAAGCCAUCCUGCAGGCCGGUGGUCUGGCUGACUGUCUGCUUUACCUGGAGUUCUUCAGCAUCAACGCCCAGAGGAACGCCCUGGCCAUUGCAGCCAACUGCUGCCAGAGCAUCACCCCUGACGAGUUCCACUUUGUCUCCGACUCCCUGCCCCUGCUAACUCAGAGGCUCACACACCAGGACAAGAAAUCCGUUGAAAGCACUUGUCUCUGUUUCGCCCGGCUGGUGGACAACUUUCAACACGAGGAGAACCUCCUGCAGCAGGUGGCCUCGCGGGACCUGCUGACCAACAUCCAGCAGCUGCUGGUGGUCACCCCGCCUGUGCUCAGCUCGGGCAUGUUCAUCAUGGUGGUGCGCAUGUUCUCCCUCAUGUGCUCCAACUGCCCCUGUCUGGCCGUGCAGCUCAUGAAGCAGAAUAUUGCAGAGACUCUGCGCUUUCUCCUGUGUGGCGCGUCCAAUGUUAGCUGCCAAGAGCAGAUUGACCUGGUGCCCCGGAGCCCCCAGGAACUCUAUGAACUCACCUCGCUCAUCUGUGAGCUGAUGCCCUGUCUGCCCCGAGAAGGCAUCUUUGCGGUGGACGUCAUGCUGAAGAAGGGCAGUGCCCAGGCCACGGAGGGAGCCAUCUGGCAGUGGAGGGACGACCGUGGCCUCUGGCACCCCUACAACCGCAUCGACAGCCGCAUCAUUGAGACGGCCCACCAGAACGGGGAGGAUGAGAUCAGUCUGUCCACCCUGGGGCGUGUCUACACCAUUGACUUCAACUCUAUGCAGCAGAUCAACGAGGACACUGGCACGGCGCGGGGUAUCCAGAGGAAGCCCAACCCCUUAGCCAACCCCAACACUGGGGGUCACCAGGAGGUGAGGCGGGAGGACGCCCGGGCCCAGCUAAUGAAGGAGGACCCGGAGCUGGCCAAGUGCUUUAUAAAGACCCUGUUCGGGGUGCUGUAUGAGGUUUACAGCUCAUCUGCCGGCCCUGCUGUCAGACACAAGUGCCUCCGAGCCAUCCUCAGGAUCAUCUUCUUUGCAGAUGCAGAGCUCCUCAAGGACGUGCUUAGGAACCAUGCUGUGUCCAGUCACAUUGCCUCUAUGCUGUCCAGCCAAGACUUGAAGAUUGUAGUGGGCUCUCUGCAAAUGGCUGAGAUCCUUAUGCAGAAGUUGCCUGACGUCUUCAGCGUCUUUUUCAGAAGAGAAGGUGUGAUGCACCAGGUGAAGAACCUGGCAGAGUCCGAGGCCUUCGUCACCAGCCCCCCCAAGGCUUGCACCAGCGGCACGGCCAGCCUGUGUACCACCACCAUCAGCACUGCCGCCACCACAGCCGCCACCAACGCCAGCCCGGACCUUGGCUCGCCCAGCUUCCAGCACAGCAUGGAUGACUCACUGGACCUCAGCCCGCAGGGGCGGUUAAGUGAUGUGCUGAAGAGAAAACGUCUGCCUAAGAGAGGACCAAGAAGGCCCAAGUACUCACCUCCAAGGGAUGAUGACAAAGUAGACAAUCAGGCCAAGAGUCCUACCACUCAGUCCCCAAAAUCUUCCUUCUUGGCUAGCCUGAACCCUAAGACCUGGGGCAAGCUGGGCGCCCAGACCAACAGCGCAAACUCUGAGCCCUCUCGCACCCCUGGAGUUAGUGGCCUGUCACGUGCCGUUCCCAAGGACUCGGUCUCCAACAACAGGGACAAAAUUAAGGCGUGGAUCAAAGAGCAGGCCAGUAAGUUUGUGGAGCGCUAUUUCAACACUGAGAACGUGGACUGCAGCAACCCAGCACUGAAUGUACUCCAAAGACUCUGCACCGCCACCGAGCAGCUCAGCUUGCAGGUUGACGGUGGUGUGGAGUGCCUGGUUGAGAUCUGCAGCAUUGUGUCAGAGUCAGACGUAUCUUCGUUUGAGAUCCAGCAUAGCGGCCUGGUCAAGCAGCUCCUCCUCUACCUGACCUCCAGCAGCGAGCAUGACAUUGUCAGUCGGGAUGUCCGCCUCAAGAGGUUCCUGCACGUCUUCUAUGGCUGCCCGAUCCCAGGCACGGAACCGGUGGGACGCCUGGACCCAUCUGAGAACGGGCCCCUGCUAUCGUUGGUGCACAAAAUGAACAACUGCCUGAGCCAGAUGGAGCAGUUUCCUGUCAAGGUGCAUGACUUCCCCAGUGGCAACGGCAAUGGGAGCAGAGGAUCUCAGGCCCUGAAAUUCUUCAACACACACCAACUGAAAUGUCAGCUUCAGCGGCACCCAGACUGCACCAAUGUGAAGCAGUGGAAGGGAGGCCCAGUGAAGAUUGAUCCCUUGGCCUUGGUACAGGCCAUUGAACGCUACCUAGUGGUCCGAGGUUAUGGACGAAUCAGAGAAGAGGACGAGGAUAGUGAUGAUGAUGGUUCGGACGAUGAAAUUGACGAAUCACUGGCGGCCCAGUUCUUGAACUCUGGCAGCGUGCGCCACCGGCUGCAGUUCUACAUCGGUGACCACCUCCUGCCGUACAACAUGACCGUGUACCAGGCGGUGCGGCAGUUCAGCCUGCAGGCCGAAGAGGAGAGGGAGUCCACGGACGACGAGGCCAACCCCCUUGGACGUGCCGGCAUCUGGACCAAGACGCACACCAUAUGGUAUAAGCCGGUAAGGGAGGAUGAGGACGGCACCAAGGACGCUGUGGGAGGGAAGCGAGGCCGUGCGCAGACGGCCCCCACCAAGACCUCGCCCCGCAACGCUAAGAAGCAAGAUGAGCUGUGGCACGAUGGUGUGUGUCCCAGUGUGACCAGCCCUCUGGAGAUGUACCUCAUGUCUGAACCCCCAGAAAGCAUUACCUUUGAUGACCCGUCGCUGGAUGUUAACCUGCUGCUAAGGGUUCUGCACUCAAUUAGUAGAUACUGGUUCUACCUUUAUGAGAACGCUGUGUGUAAGGAGAUCAUCUCCACUAGUGAGUUCAUCAACAGCAAGCUGACGGCGAAGGCCAACCGCCAGUUACAGGAUCCUCUGGUCAUUAUGACGGGCAACAUCCCGACCUGGCUCACGGAGCUUGGCAAAACCUGUCCCUUCUUCUUCCCCUUCGACACACGGCAGAUGCUUUUCUACGUGACGGCCUUUGACCGUGACCGGGCCAUGCAGCGCCUCCUUGAUACCAACCCAGAGAUCAACCAAUCAGAUUCUCAGGAUAGUCGUGUGGCACCCCGACUCGACCGGAAAAAGCGAACGAUAAACCGCGAGGAGCUGCUGAAGCAGGCUGAGUCAGUAAUGCAGGACCUAGGCAGCUCCAGAGCCAUGUUGGAGAUCCAGUAUGAGAACGAGGUGGGCACAGGGCUGGGUCCCACGCUGGAGUUCUACGCCUUGGUGUCACAGGAGCUGCAGCGAGCUGACCUUGGGCUGUGGAGGGGUGAGGAGGUUACCUUGUCCAACCCCAAAGGAAGCCAAGAAGGGACCAAAUACAUGUUCAGCUCCAGAGGGCUUUUUGCUGUUCCCUUCGGCAGGACGACCAAACCUGCGCACAUCGCCAAAAUAAAGAUGAAGUUUCGCUUCUUGGGCAAGCUAAUGGCCAAGGCCAUUAUGGACUUCAGACUGCUGGACCUUCCCCUUGGGCUGCCCUUCUACAAGUGGAUGCUACGGCACGAGAUGUCCAUCAGCUCUCACGACCUGGUCAACAUUGACCCUGGUGUGGCCAAGUCCAUCCAGCAUCUGGAGGACAUCAUCCGGCAGAAGAAGAGGCUGGAGCAGGACCGCUCUCAGACCAGAGAAACCCUGCAGCAGGCUCUGGAGAGCCUCAACAUGAACGGCUGCUCCGUGGAGGACCUGGGCCUGGACUUCACCCUGCCCGGGUUCCCCAACAUCGAGCUCAAGAAGGGGGGCAAGGAUGUCCCGGUCACCAUCUACAACCUGGAGGAGUACCUCAGGCUGGUGGUCUACUGGACCAUGAAUGAAGGCGUGUCCCGGCAGUUUGAGUCGUUCAGGGAAGGGUUUGAGUCAGUCUUCCCCCUUCACCACUUGCAAUAUUUCUACCCCGAAGAGUUGGAUCAGCUGCUGUGUGGCAGCAAGUCCGAGACCUGGGAUGUCAAGACCCUAAUGGAGUGUUGUCGGCCGGACCACGGCUACACGCAUGACAGCCGUGCCGUGAGGUUCCUCUUCGAUGUGCUCAGCAGUUUUGACGCCGAGCAGCAAAGACUCUUCCUGCAGUUUGUUACAGGAAGCCCCAGACUGCCCGUUGGAGGUUUUCGGAGUCUGAACCCGCCACUGACCAUUGUGCGUAAGACGUUUGAGUCGACGGAGAACCCGGACGACUUCCUGCCCUCGGUCAUGACCUGUGUCAACUACCUGAAGCUGCCCGACUACUCCAGCAUCGAGAUCAUGCGCGAGAAACUGUUGAUUGCAGCCCGUGAGGGUCAGCAGUCCUUCCACCUGUCCUGAUCUCCGAUCUUUCUCCCGUUUAAAAUGCCUUCUACAGCAAACCGACGAAAUCAUGACUUCCUUCUAGUUUUUUUUUCUUUUUCUAAUUACCUACAUCAAGGCAACAUGUGUACAGCCUUCUUGUUAGAGAACGCAGCUUGCAGAAAUGGGAAAAAAAGACUUGAGAUAUAUAUUUGCUGCCCCUGUCUCCUACAGAAAAAAAAAAAAAACAAAGGCGUUACAUGACUCACGGAACUUAAAAAUAAUCUUAAAAAAAAGAUACCGAUAGUUGAGUAAUGUUGAAAAAAGAAAAUGGGUGACAUUUUAAAUUGCAUUGCUGUGUGAUAUUUAAAAAAAAAAAGGGAUGUUUCCUCUCCAGAGUGGUGCAUCAUGUCACUGUGUGUUGGGGAGGGGGGAGUCCAUUGAGCAACCUAGGUUCACUUUAGCUCCAAAGAUCAUUUGUACAGACAAAUUUACAGACUUCGCUCAUUCUUCACAUUUGAUAGAAUAGCUAUUUGUUCUCGUCUCCUUUCCUUUUCAGUUAGUCUGUUUGCAAUUCUGUUCUUCUGAAUUAUACGACCCCAGUUAGUGUUGCCUUUUUGGUUCUGCUUUUUCCUCUCCGUGUGUUUUUGCUUAUUAAAUUUGUGAAAACGAGCGUUGCAGUUGGUUGAAUGAGACUAGUGAUGAGAGCGUAGUACCCACUUUUUUUUUUCUUUUCUUUUUUUUUUUACCCUAGUUGAAAUUGUGUUCUGGCCUAAAUUUACCAAGAGCUUCAGCUCAAACGUUGAAGAGUUAUAUCCAGUUUUGGAUGAGUCAAUUAUUUUUUUUUGCUCUUUAAUAGAGUAGUAGUGUCUGCUGGACCCUGAGGGAGGCUGGAGGGUGCUCUGGAUGAGCUCUGAAAGGCCACCCCCAAUCCCUUAUUGUAGCUGAACACAACUUUUGGCUGUUCUCAUUUUAUCGUUUCAUGGCCAGACAGCAUUUCAAGUUCAUUUAUGGAAUAAGAGUUUAUAUGCAGUUUCACACCCGGUUUGAGGUGAGGAUGUCUGCUUUACCUUUUUUAAUUUUCUAAUUUUGUUUUCCUAUUUUUUUUUUUCUUUUCUUGCUGUAGUUUAUUUUUUGCACUGCUGGCUUGGAACAAACCGUGGUGUGCACCUGCAGUCUGUGGCCAGGGGAGGGCGCCACUGUAUGCUCUUCUGGCCCAAUCGUUCAUGUGCUGGUUUCUAAGAUCUGCAAUAAUUUACUGCAUCAGGUUCAUGUUUUUACCUGAACAUAAAAUAAAGUAACUGUUUGACUCA